AUGAAGAACGACUGCGUAGGAAAAGAUCUCAAAAUUUGUUUCCUUAAAUUGUUUCUGUUUUUUUCUUUGACGACUCUUUGGAUUCAAGGUACGACAUCUUUGUAAGAUAUAGUAGCAUUUUCUCGCUAUAUGUGCAUCAGUACAUGCAGUAAACCGGAAAAAAAAUAUUCCCUAUUUAGCGUCGCUCUCGGUCCUUGUUUCACAAGUAACAAGAGGCAGGACAUCUCUGCGUUAUGUCAGUAAUGUUUUAAAAAGCUUAAACAAAACCUAACGUAAACUUCCCAGAAAGCACCAAGAAGAAAACAAGCGGGUUAUUUUUCAGCUGUGAUAAACAGGUCUGUGUUUGCAAAGUGGGCAUCGACUGUAGACGCCACAAAAGUAAACAGAAAAAUGAGUCAUUUUCUAAUAAUUUUUCUUGCAUUUGCAUAUAAAGGCUAACUGAAAACGACGUCCCCAAAAGCAAAAAUCGAUCGUUAACAAAAGGGACCGAAACAUAUUCUUAUAAAUCGUUAAUGUUGCCGAUUAAUAGAGAAGAAAGAUUCACGGGCGAUUGACAUCCUAAAUGGCAAGAAAAUGCGAUUGGCAAUAAAUUUCUCGCUAACAAAUUCACUUUAUACUAUAUAGCUGAUUAUAUUCCGCAAGGUCAUUCAUUGUUUUUGUUUUAGUUAUUUGUUUGUUUGGUUUCUUUUGUAGCUUUUUAUUUUUGUGGUUGUAUUUUGCUUCUUUGUUGAUUUGUUAGUUUGUUUUUUUUGGUGUGGAACCGGUUGGACUAAUCAACUUCCCAACGCGCUAAAAUGUAGGCACGAAUGUAGAAUGUAAUAUUACAACGUCGACGUGGCAUUGCUCGUUGCAUGUUAGGCUCAAUUCACCUGCAAUUCGUUAACAAUGAUCAGAACAGCAAAACAAAUAUAAACAAUACCACCUCAUUCAACAUCAGUUAACAAGGAAGUCAUUGAUGAUUUCGGUGGGAACUGCAACGGAGACUGUGUUAGUGAGCAAAAAGGGCAAGGUUCUGUCGUCACUAUACCGAAUAGGUAUAAAAAUGAAGUAUCUGGCAUAGUAUAAAUGGCAGCUGCACGGAGCUGGAACAAGUCGCUCUCAGACAUAUCGAACAUCGUGCUGGAGCGGUUGGCCGAGAGAGUUUGGUACACUAAAUCCCAAUCCUCACUCGGAAUAUUCACCUCGCCUCUUCUCAUACUUUUUUGCUACGGUCCCAACACCUGUUACAUACAUAUAUACAUAAUCUUUAUUUAAACACGAUAAAUUUUAAACCUAUAAAAGCUUGUGGGGUCGUAAGAAUUAAAGUAACCUAAUCUACAUGAAAACAUAUAUACAAAUUAUAGCGGAGCUCUCGCGCGCGAAGCGCGCCAGCGGAGCACCAUGGGUAAGAAAAUGAAGUAAUCUACCCAUCCGAGAAAAUUUGGUAAUCACGUGACCGUACACCGACUGACCGCCCGCCCGCCAGAGAGACCGUCCGUCCGCACCACAGGCAUACCAAUGUUUACUCUCACACUUUCUAGCUUCUUUGGGAGCCCACUGAUUGCACAUCAAUGUUGUGAUCAAUUGACAGCUGUCAAAACAAGGUAUCCGCUGUCCAGUAUCACCUGACCUUAUCGCGGGCUCAGGUGUCGACCCAUCCAGGUCGAGUAUUUUUUUGUAGUUAUCCGCUGGCGAGUUACUAGUUUUCAAAUGAUCGCAGGCUCAUUUUUUUUAAUUCAUAUGAAAUAUGUUGUGUUUAGGUCACUAUGGCCCAGUACUAUUAACAUUUUGAUUUCAAACUGACCUUGGACGCGAAAAUUCAGCCAAUUACUUAAAAAUGCAAGCAGGGAAGACAGAUGCUUUUCACUUUUCUCACCAUAGUCACACGUUGGUCACGCUCGCGCUUCACGUCCAAUUUUUAUGCUAUGAUUGGUACAAAUUUGACAGGUUAGUUCAUGGGGAAAAUUUAUGCAGCAUAUUGCGACUUGUUUACUUUGACAGAGUUUUGUGUCAACUUGUGAUGUUUUUAACUGUCUUUUUCCACUGGAUGUACAAAAUGAAAUACAGCUGCCAUCAAGAGUCUUCUGUUAUUCACGGCUGGUUUGUUUAUUGUAUUUUUGGUUGAGAAAUGCGCAACUUGUCAAAGUCGGAUGGCAUUGUUUUGGUUUUUCACCUUGCUGGAUGCGUAAGAGAAUUAUAAAGGCUCAAGCGAUCCUGGCCUUACUUGAUAGCUUGCAGGAGCUGCAUCUCGAAAUAUGGUAAGCCUGAGUAAUUAUUGUAUUUAUAUCUAAUUUCAUGAAGUUGAGCGCAGUUUAUGAAGCUAGUUUAUGCACGUUUGUAUUAAGAUUUGAGACACUAAUCUGCCAUAGUAUGAGGUUUGAUAUAAGCUUACAGAACUUUAAAAAGCCUUUAGUCGAUAUUUCACCGCGAAUAGAAAGAAAAAACUUUACGAAGAAUAUUUAGUUAUAAUUUUGGCUGCAGAAAAAACGCUUUGAGCGAUUUUCUUAUCGCGAGUUCAUGUUUGAAAACAGCAAACACCAGGAAGCCGGCGGCUUAAAACAUAAACUUAAUCUUUAAGCUUAAAGACUCUGGAUUCUUAGAGACACUUAAAUACUCAUUUGUUUUCGUAAAUGAAAAUUGUUGUCUCUCAGUAAAUGUUCUACCCAAUUAUAUUUCUUUAUUGAUUGUUAGUAGUCUCAAAAGUGCAAUUUUCAUCGCUUUGCCGUUUGUUUUCAGUCGUUCAUACAUCGCUUGCCGGAGUACUCAAAAUGCCGCGCUUAUCAAACGCUUUUUAAGAUUACACAUCGUUAUAAAACCAUUAAUAAAAAAUAAACACAAUAAAUCCUUUAUCAUGUGGAAGCGUAACUCUUUUAAAAUUUCAUUGCAAAUUUGGCUCUUGUCAAAUCGCUACCGCACUCACUUUGCAUCACACGCUCCACCUAAGAAUAGACAUGGAGGCCUGUUCACACCCCAUAGGAAGUUAGCUCAGGGUCUGACGGCAAGUCUCCUAUGAAAAUUCUCACCGCUGGGAAUAUUCUGAGCCUUUUUGAGGAAAGUUUUCAAAAAUUCGGCUAAAUGUACAUUAUGUGUGAUCAAAGGACUUUGAUGGUUCACGAUUUUUCCGUGGAGAGUUCAUAGGCGGAAAUAAUUUUGUUUUUAAUCCAGAAGCUAAUUCCUUGUUGUUUCGUGAAUUCUUGCCUUGACUAAAACAACAUCCGUGUAUGAUGCCUCGGAAAUUAAGGAAACCAAAUAAUUCAUUAAUGUUUAUUACUGAUCAUGACGAAAAUAGUUUCGAUCAACAACAACAAACUAUAAACUAUAAACAAAACUACAAACUAUAACAAAGUAUUACAUUAUUGCCAAAAGCUACUUGAAUUUAAUUAUUGGUUCCUUUUUAAAUUAAAUAUGUAACAUAUUAACUUUAAAUAUAAUAAUCAUUGCUUGUUUUCAACUAUCAGUAGGAUUAAUUAUUCCGAUCAUUUGCUGAUAAGACUGAGUGUCAAAACAGCCAUUGCAAAGCUAUCUUUUGAGAAGCCCAUUAAUCAAUCAAUCAAUCAAUCAAUCAAUCAACUUUCUUGGUACAUCCAAUUAAAAUGGGUUUUCACAUACCAAUUACAAUAAAAUCUAAUAUGAACAAUAGAAAUCUAAAAUAAACAUUUGAAAGUGAUAAAACAUUACCAUAUUAUUUAAAAAAUAUAAAAUAUGCAAAUUACACCUAUUGAGUGUCAAUGACUUAAAAAACUCGUCAACUGCACGUCCUUUAAUCGCAUUCUUAAAAACAUUAAAUGACUCUAUGUUUGCUAAACCUUCUGGAAGGUCAUUCCAGAGCUGAACAGCCCUAUAUGAGAAAGAUCGCUGACCUGUUGCUGAUCUAAAAGAUGGUAUAUGAAGUUUGUCUUUAUUCUUAGUAUUUCUAGUAUGCACCUGGCUUCUUGUCGAAAAUUUAUGACACAAGGAUGGUGCGGCUAAUCCCUUUAUACAUUUGGAAGCCAUUAAAAUGUCUCUAACCUCUAGUUGCUUAGCAACCGGCAACCAGUGGAGUUCCUUUAACAUCGGCGUGAUGGGCUCAUACUUUCUUGCGCUAGUCACAAUCCGUGCCGCAAAAUUUUACUUUACCAAAGAACAAUAACCAACCAAAAAACACAUUAAAUGGUCUGGGAUAGUGACUUCCACUCGGAUAGUAGGUUUGUCAAGAGUUCAUGAAGAGGUUUGUGUUAGUUAAUGAAUGUUUGGAUCAAUUUAGGCUUCUGGGAAACUGCCCACCUACCCCUCCCCUAAGCUAACAUUAAAACUUACUUCUCGCUUAGAGCAAAAUGACGGCUUAGGAGAGGGGUAGGUGGGCAUUUUUUCAGAAAGCUUAAUUGCGAAUGUUUGAUGAAAAAAAGAAGUUCCCUUUUUAUUCUUUCCUUUUUUACCCGAUAGAUGUGUCAACCACAGGGAACCUAGACUGUGAAAUAAGUGCACAGAAAUGUCAACAGCCUUUUCAGACGAUAACAGUAACGCCCAAACACUCUAAAGUGACUUUGAACUGCUCGAUUAAGAAUGGGGGAAAAGUACAAGAUAUGACCUGGCAGCACCUUGAAAAACAUCUCAAUGCCAGCGGUGACGCCGGUCUGUUCUUACAGCACAUUGAUUCAAAGAACAGAAGUCAGCCACGUGAAUGUUUUUCUAUAAAAUACGCCAGUGAGUAUGUUCUUCUUUUGCCUUGUCUGUAUUACAUUGAUGGGGAGAAAAAUGUCAUAAUGCCCCCAUCAGUUCUUUUGUGUCUUCUUUUUUAAAUGGAUUAUAACGAAUCCUAUGAAUGCCUCGUAACAGGUUUAGCCAGAUUCAAGUUCAGCUGAGGCAAUUUUUACGGUUGGAUUGAUCGAAAAAACGGUUGAAGUUAUAGCCAGCUGAAUCACCUCACUUGAACAUGCUUCACCGCGAAACUCUAGUUGCUCAUGCCAUGCUGGAAGGCAAGCAAAGCAAAGGGACAUGACAAACAAUAAACAAAGGAAUCAUUUUAAAUGAUGUUAGCUUUUUGUUUGGCUUGACUCACUGCGUAGGGUCUCGCUCUCCAGCAUGGCAGGUUAGUGCAACAAAAGUGACUUACUGCAAAGGGCCUAUUUAAAAUGAACAAGGCAUGGAGUAAAACAUGGUUGGUCCGUUUGACUUUAGUUAUCUUAAAAAUCGUGAGCUAAGCAACGACGACGACGGCAGUGAAAAUGUCGCUAAAAAAUUAAAUUUGACUCAUUUCAAAAUGUUAUCGCGUCUAUUUGGAGCUGCUUAAUUUGCAGAAUUUGUCAAAUGUAGACGAUUUCUCUUGAAGAUGAAUUCUUAAGAACUUUAUUCAGGUUCAGAAAGAAAAAGGAGAAUUUGUCGUCUUAUGCUCACUUUCCCCAUAAAACGUCGUAUUCCUUGAUUCAUAGUCUUGCAGUCAACGCCCGGGGGGGUACUCCCAUACAUUACCUAUACGGGUAUGUGCCGCCCAACGGGGUCGUGAUUUUGAAGCUCCUGGUUUAGAAAUGGGUAUCCAUUUCAGAGACGUUUUCUAGAACGGGAUAUAAUAUUUUGAACGCACGAAAGCUCCAGUUUUGUAAGCAGCCGCUGCUUGAAUGAUUUGAAAUUAUUCAAAGACAGAUUGCUUUUAAAAAUACUGUUCAAUGCGUUAACAAGCAAACUGUUAUACUCUUGUUGCACCGUAGAACGAAGUAUAAAAAAUUGGCCCAUUUCUAGAACGGGAUAUCAAUUUUAGGGGAAAUUUUUUUAGAACGGGUGGAGUCCCGGGCGGCACAUACCCACCCAAAAAAUACCCAAGUGUGCCCCCCAGGAGUCAACGUCAAAGAAAUGUACUAAGAAGCUUGACGCACGUGCAGCAACUGUUGUUUUCAUGUUAAAACCAAUUGUGUUUUGACGUCGUGGUGGUUCAGAUUUUCACUUUUCAGAUUUUGGUAUUUUUUCCCACUAAUUCAAGAGGUUGCUAUAAAAAUUACAAAUAUAUCACAAAAACAAGAGGAAGAAAACCAGCAAAUUACAUAAAUCCUGGUCAAAAGUGAAAUGUGUGCAGUGGCCAAAAGAGCUUAGCUUUUCGAGUUGGUCACUUAAGCUCCCUACAAAGUUUAAAUGACUGGGUGCAUGACUUAUGAGCUUUGAAAUUAAGACGAAGAAUUCCUUCUCAGUUCCAGUUAAAAGAGUAUCUAAGACAAGUUCUCCCGUUGACUUCUAUUCUGACAAAAAACAAAUGGAACUGAAGUGUACCUUCAAGGGAUGGCCUCGUCCUCGUGUAGUUUGGUCCAAUCCAAAAAACAAACAAAUCCUCAACGGAUCUGAAGGUUUUUACAUCUCAGAGCAGCUGGAUGGAGAGGAUACCUUAACUUCCCUUCUCCGUAAUCCUGAUAUCCAAGAAAAUCAAGCAGGGGCUUAUAAAUGCACUGGAAUGAACAACAUUACAGGCUGGUCGAUUGAAAAAUCAGGGAUAAUUGACCUGAUUUAUGGCUGUGAGUCAUUUAAUUUCUUAUUUGAAUUCUUCUUAUACACACGGAUGCACAAGACCACCUUAAUUAACAGUACCUCCUUUGUAUCAGGUUCAGCAUAAAAAUGUAUUGCCGUGUUUGCCCUGUAAGCAAUGGAAAGUAUCCCAUUUAGACGAAGAGGGACAGCUCAUUCUCUGUUGAUUUAGACGGAAUUAAAUAUUGGGUGCUUCAUGUUUUAAAUAACAGAUAAAGUUAUUCCCAGCUGAAUUUAAAAGAAAUCAAUAUAACUCAAAAUUUCGUGCCACCUUCCUCUUUCCAUUCAGACCAAUUGGACGCUGGAAUUUUCAUUUGUUUAUCCCUCGGGUCACAAGGGAUAAGUAAAUAAUUAAAUAAAUAAAUAACGAUUUAGUGGCGCUAGCUCAUCCACAUAGUGGUUCUUUGUCUGCCAUUCUGGCUCAAAUUUACCCCGCCCAGAUGGUGGGAUUAACGUGGGAGUGAGGUAUGUUUUUGGCAGCGAUGGCGGAAUAAGGGUAACAAGCAACAAAACUCAUCUAGGCCGACCACAUAUGAAGUUGCCUGAGGAAUCAAGCACAGGACAGUCAUUAAUGAGAGAGGAGUGUUCUCACCUGAAAUACAGUAGAACCUCUAUAUAACGAACUCCUCGGUAUAAUUAACAAUUAUUCCACCAGUGUGCGUUGGAUUUGAGAUGGUAGGGAGCCAACGAGGCGCGUAGCCCCGAGUUGGCAGAAAGAAAAAGGAGAAUUUGUCGUCGUAUGUUCACUUUCUCUAUAAAACGUCGUAUUCCUUGAUUAGGAGGUUUCACUUCAUAGUCGUGCAGUCAACGUCAAAGAAAUGUACUAAGAAGCUUGACGCACGUGCAGCAACUGUUGUUUUCAUGUUAAAACCAAUUGUGUUUUGACGUCGUGGUGGUUCAGAUUUUCACUUUUCAGAUUUUGGUAUUUUUUCCCACUAAUUCAAGAGGUUGCUAUAAAAAUUACAAAUAUAUCACAAAAACAAGAGGAAGAAAACCAGCAAAUUACAUAAAUCCUGGUCAAAAGUGAAAUGUGUGCAGUGGCCAAAAGAGCUUAGCUUUUCGAGUUGGUCACUUAAGCUCCCUACAAAGUUUAAAUGACUGGGUGCAUGACUUAUGAGCUUUGAAAUUAAGACGAAGAAUUCCUUCUCAGUUCCAGUUAAAAGAGUAUCUAAGACAAGUUCUCCCGUUGACUUCUAUUCUGACAAAAAACAAAUGGAACUGAAGUGUACCUUCAAGGGAUGGCCUCGUCCUCGUGUAGUUUGGUACAAUCCAAAACACAAACAAAUCAUCAACGGAUCUGAAGGUUUUUACAUCUCAGCACAGCUGGUUGGAGAGGAUACCUUAACUUCCCUUCUCCGUAAUCCUGAUAUCCAAGAAAAUCAAGCAGGGGCUUAUAAAUGCACUGGAAUGAACAACAUUACCGGCUGUUCGACUGAAAAAUCAGGGAUAAUUGACCUGAUUUAUGGCUGUGAGUCAUUUAAUUUCUCAUUUGAAUUCUUCUUAUACACACGGAUGCACAAGACCACCUUAAUUAACAGUACCUCCUUUGUAUCAGGUUCAGCAUAAAAAUGUAUUGCCGUGUUUGCCCUGUAAGCAAUGGAAAGUAUCCCAUCUAGACGAAGAGGGACAGCUCAUUCUCUCUUGAUUUAGACGGAAUUAAAUAUUGGGUGCUUCAUGUUUUAAAUAACAGAUAAAGUUAUUCCCAGCUGAAUUUAAAAGAAAUCAGUAUAACUGAAAAUUUCGUGCCACCUUCCUCUUUCCAUUCAGACCAAUUGGACGCUGGAAUUUUUAUUUGUUUAUCCCUCGGGUCACAAGGGAUAAGUAAAUAAGUAAAUAAUUAAAUAAAUAAAUAACGAUUUAGUGGCGCUAGCUCAUCCACAUAGUGGUUCUUUGUCUGCCAUUCUGGCUCAAAUGUACCCCGCCCAGAUGGCGGGAUUAACGUGGGAGUGACGUAUGUUUUUGGCAGCGAUGGCAGAAUAAGGGUAACAAGCAACAAAACUCAACUAGGCCGACCACAUAUGAAGUUGCCUGAGGAAUCAAGCACAGGACAGUCAUUAAUGAGAGGGAGUGUUCUCACCUGAAAUACAGUAGAAUCUCUAUAUAACGAACUCCUCGGUAUAAUUAACAAUUAUUCCAGCAGUGGGCGUUGGAUAUGAGUUGGUAGGGAGCCAACGAGGCGCGUAGCCCCGAGUUGGCAGAAAGAAAAAGGAGAAUUUGUCGUCGUAUGUUCACUUUCUCCAUAAAACGUCGUAUUCCUUGAUUAGGAGGUUUCACUUCAUAGUCGUGCAGUCAACGUCAAAGAAAUGUACCAAGAAGUUUGACGCACGUGCAGCAAUUGUUGUUUUCAUGUUAAGGUGGCUCGAUACAGUUUUUCAGGGUCAAUACCUCUGAAGCUUGAGCAUAAACUACGUCGCCAAAAACAAAGUUUUGGAAAUAUUGCCACCACAGUUGUAUUAGAUAAAGAUGAAAAUUUGUUAUGAUCAGUGUUGCAACGGCAUCGGAGUUGUCAUAGCAACGAAAUGACGCUAUUGCCUAUUUUACUUGCAGCAGUAUAUCUCGGCACUGAGAACUGUUCUUCGAAAAUCAUUUACGGGAGCUUUUUCCUCCAAUAGCAGCCUCGAUGUUCGUGAAGUUUAAGCGAAAUCUGUAACAGCGUUAUCAAGAUAUUUUGCGAUAAUGUUUUUAUUGUUAAAUACACAGUAAAAAAUGGACAAUAUUGUUGUUUGGCCGUUAUCUCUAGAAAAUGAGGCGCUUUUGACACGCAAUUUCACCUCAUAGUAUUUCAAUCUAUUUAAAAGCGUGCAUGAAAGAUCAUGGGAGAUAGGUCAAGCCGAUUGCUAGAAAGAAGGGUUUGAUUAGUAUGUAUUGAAGCGCUCUUGUUAGCGGUUUUGUAAACAUUUUGGUCUUCUUUAACAAAUUAGCGAAUAAUUUUUAAACCGCUCGAUAGAUUUUUUUAAAAAUUUAAGAUUCUUGAGAUUAACCUUCCUUUUAUAUGACCUUUUAGUUUCAAGAUCAUUGAUAUGUUGUAAGGUAGUAAAAUAAGGGCUACAAUUCGUUACUUCUUUAUUGGAAGUUUCGUCAUUACAAGUGAAAGCCUCUAAUUAUUCAAGGCAUUGUCUGCAAGUUUCAUUUUCACGUGAACAGCAGUAACUAACAAUGCAUUUGAAAUAUGCAAAAAUGCUAGCUUUUUUUGUGCACGAAAAUAUGAAACUUGGAUACAAUACCCUGAAUAAUGAGAUGCUCAUACUUGUAAACACAAAAUUUCGGCCAAAAUAUUAGCGAAUUGUAGCCCUUAUUUUACUGCCUUACAAUAUAUCAAUAACCUUGAAACUAAAAGGUCAUAUAAAAGGAAGGUUAAUCUCAAGAAUCUUAAAUUUUUAAAAAAAACUAUCGAGCGGUUUAGAAAUAAUUCGCUAAUUUGUUAAAGUAGACCAAAAUGUUUAAAAAACCGCUAACAAGAGCGACUCGAUACAUAGUAAUCAAAUCCUUCUUUCUAGCAAACGGCUGGAGCUAUCUCCCUGAUCUUUCACACACGUUUUUAAAAAGAUUGAAACUACUAUGAGGUGAAAUUGCAUGUCAAAAGCGCUUCGCUUUCUACAGAUAACAGCCGAAAACCAAGAUUAAUUGUCCAUUUUUUACAGUAUUUCUAACGACAAAAUCUUUAUCCCAAAAUAUCUCGAUAACGCUCUUACAGAUUUCUCUUAAACUUCACGAACAUCGAGGCUGCUAUCGGAGGAAAAUGCUCCCGUGAAUAAGUUCGAAGAACAGUUCCCAGUGCCGAGAUAUACUGCUGCAAGUAAAAUAGGUAAUAGCGUCAUUUCGUUCCUAUGACAACUCUGAGGCCGUUGCAACCCCGAUCAUAACAAAUUUUCAUCUUCAUUUAAUACAACUAUGGUGGCAAUUUUUCCAAAACUUUCUUUAUGGCGACGUAGUUUAUGCUCAAACUUGGAAGGUAUUGGCCCUGAAAAACUGUAUCGAGCCACCUUAAAACAAAUUGUGUUUUGACGUUCUCGUAGUGGUGGUUCAGAUUUUUACAUCUCAGAUUUUGAUAUUUUUUCGCACUAAUUCAAGAGGUUGCUAUAAAAAUUGCAAAUAUAUUACAAAAACAAGAAGAAAAAAACCAGCAAAUUACAUAAAUCCUGAUCAAAGGUGAAAUGUGCGCAGUGGCCAAAGAAGCUUAGGCUUUCGAGUUGGUCACUUAUGCUCCCUACCAUGUUUAAAUGACUGGGUGCAUGACUUAUGAGCUUUGAAAUUAAGACGAAGAAUUCCUUCUCAGUUCCAGUUAAGAGAGUAUCUAAGACAAGUUCUCCCGCUGACUUCUAUUCUGACAAAAAACAAAUGGAACUGAAGUGUACCUUCAAGGGAUGGCCUCGUCCUCGUGUAGCUUGGUCCAAUCCAAAAAACAAACAAAUCAUCAACGGAUCUGAAGGUUUUUACAUCUCAGAGCAGCUGGAUGGAGAGGAUACCUUAACUUCCCUUCUCCGUAAUCCUGAUAUCCAAGAAAAUCAAGCAGGGGCUUAUAAAUGCACUGGAAUGAACAGCCUUACCGGUUGGUCGACUGAAAAAUCAGAGUAUAUUGACCUGAUUUAUGGCUGUGAGUCAUUUAAUUUCUUAUUUGAAUUCUUCUUAUACACACGAAUGCACAAAACCACAUUAAUUAACAGUACCUCCUUUGUAUCAGGUUCAGCAUAAAAAGGUAUUGCCGUGUUUGCCCUGUAAGCAAUGGAAAGUAUCCCAUUUAGACUAAGAGGGACAGCUCAUUCUCUCUUGAUUUAGACGGAAUUAAAUAUUGGGUGCUUCAUGUUUUAAAUAACAGAUAAAGUUAUUCCCAGCUGAAUUUAAAAGAAAUCAACUGAAUAUAACUGAAAAUUUCGUGCCACCUUCCUCUUUCCAUUCAGACCAAUUGGACGCUGGAAUUUUUACUUGUUUAUCCCUCGGGUCACAAGGGAUAAGUAAAUAAUUAAAUAAAUAAAUAAAUAACGAUUUAGUGGCGCUAGCUCAUCCAUAUAGUGGUUCUUUCUCUGCCAUUCUGGCUCAAAUUUACCCCGCCCAGAUGGCGGGAUUAACGUGGGAGUGAUGUAUUUUUUUGACGGCGAUGGCGGAAUAAGGGUAACAAGCAACAAAACUCAACUAGGCCGACCACAUAUGAAGUUGCCUGAGGAAUCAAGCACAGGACAGUCAUUAAUGAGAGGGGAGUGUUCUCACCUGAAAUACAGUAGAAUCUCUAUAUAACGAACUCCUCGGUAUAAUUAACAAUUAUUCCAGCAGUGUGCGUUGGAUAUGAGAUGGUAGGGAGCCAACGAUGCGCGUAACACCGAGUUGGCAGAAAGAAAAAGGAGAAUUUGUCGUCGUAUUUUCACUUUCUCUAUAAAACGUCGUAUUCUUUGAUUAGGCGGUUUCACUUCAUAGCUGUGCAGUCAACGUCAAAGAAAUGUACUAAGAAGCUUGACGCACGUGCAGCAACUGUUGUUUUCAUGUUAAAACUAAUUGUUUUUUGACGUUGUCGUGGUGGUGGUUCAGAUAUUUACAUUUCAGAUUUGAUAUUUUUUCCCACUAAUUCAAGAGGUUGCUAGAAAAGUUACAAAUAUAUUAAAAAAACAAGAGGAAGAAAACCUGCAAAUUACAUAAAUCCUGAUCAAAAGUGAAAUGUGCGCAGUGGCCAAAAAGAAGCUUAGGAGUUUCGAGUUGGUCACAAUGUUUAAAUGACUGAGUGCAUGACAAUGUUUAAAUGACUGUUUACAUGGGGUGCAUGUCCCCUUAUGAAAACAAAAGAAGCUUUAGACCGGGAAAUUAAGACGAAGAAUUCCUUCUCAGUUCCAGUUAAAAGGGUAUCUAAGACAAGUUCUCCCGUUGACUUCUAUUCUGACAAAAAACAAAUGGAACUGAAGUGUACCUUCAAGGGAUGGCCUCGUCCU